AAACAAGCUGUCGACAUUCCUGAGUGUCAGAGCCAGGUCCGUCGUCGCCCUCAGCUUGCUUUACUUCACCUCUGUGACUUGGCCCAGUUAAAAAUAGAAUUAGAUAAAUAAAGGAACGACGGCAGUAAUCGGCAACGAAGAACAGCAGUUAACUUUGAAAGGUUAUCAGCAGUUAUAUUGAAAAAUAGAAUUUCCAGUGUAUUCGUUAUGGCAGACGAAACGCUGGCAAAGGCUGGUCUCUACUUUGAUGAGCUUAAUAAGAUCAGAGUCUUGGAACCAGAAGUUGCAAACCAAACAACAGAACUUAAAGAUGAAUGCAAAGAAUUUGUGGACAAAAUUCGUGACUUUCACGAACGAGCUGACCAUUUCAUUCAAGUUGCCGACACUCUGAGUGCAGCUGUGGAAUCGGAAAAAAUGAGAGCUAUUGGGUCACGAAAUUUGAUCAAAAGCAUGAGCAAGCAGCGAGAGGCUCAGCAGCAACAGUUGCUGGCCUUGAUUGGAGAAAAGAAACUAGAGUUAGAGAGAUUGCGUGUCCAAUACGAAUCACUUCAACGCACAGAGGCUGAGCAGCUUGAAUUUAUAGAGCAGUUUAUAAUGCAGAAGUGAAAUUAGUGUUCAAAAUGAUUUGUACUCCACAUAGCUUAGACAAUGGUGAGGCUAUAUUUGCCCUGGGUGCAUCUUGUACAUUACCUUUUCAUUUUAAAUUACCAUCAAUGAAAUAAACACAGUGUCUGAGGUAGAGCCAAUGCACUCCAUGUGGGAUUUAGUUUUCUGGUGGGAGCUCCUUUUGACUCCCUGAAGGAAGUCUGCCUCCAAGGUACUCUGAUAGUGUACCAUCUGGAGGUAGACUUCAUACAGUUUCAAAUGUAACUAUGACAGAGCCCAAUAGGCUCAGAAAUCUGUACACAAAUUGACAGUCAAGAGGCUGGACCAAAGAGCUGAAGUUAAACCCCCACCCCCCAGCAAGCACAACUAGGCGAGCAACUACUAAGUUGCAUCAGCUGAAGAGUUCUAUUGGCCUAACGGAAACUAGCACCAGAACCUGGCCCCCUGACGGACACGGAGUAAUAUUUAUGCCAUCGCCGGGAAAGGCAACCAGAAAGUAGACGUGACAAAACACUGAUGCUGCUGGCUCCAAACAUGACCACAGCCUCGACCACAGACCACAGCCUAAGAGUUCCCAUCAUUCGUUUGUGGGAAUGGGAGAGGCAGCUCAAGGUCAGUCAGCGUCUCCACCCUCAGUUCUAUGCUGAUGUAGUACAGUAUGUGCCUGGUUGCAUCUUCUGCUCUUGCUUCAGUGUUCUGCUAUUCAGCUAAGUGUUGAUUUUUUGCCCUUGUUAGCGGGAGAGCCGGCCGGCCGAGCGGACAGCACGCUGGACUUGUGAUCCUGUGGUCCUGGGUUCGAUCCCAGGCGCCGGCAAGAAACAAUGGGCAGAGUUUCUUUCACCCUAUGCCACUUGUUUACUAGCAGUAAAAUAGGUACCUGGGUGUUAGUCAGCUGUCACGGGCUGCUUCAUGGGGGUGGAGGCCUGGUCGAGGACCGGGCCGCGGGGACACUAAAGCCCCGAAAUCACCUCAAGAAAACCUCAAGUCCCUGUACAUUGUAGCAUGAGACAAGAGUUUAAAGUUCCCAGAGUUAUCUUUCUUAUGCAUCCCCUAAUGCAUAAGGGGAUGCUUCUCCUUCUGCUAGGGUUUUCUUCCCUGGAGUGUUCAGGAGUUGCUCACUCAAAGAUCUUAAAUUGUGGUGGCCCUCACCCAUGGUGUGUUAGGUGUCUUGGGGCUUUCCCGUUUUCAUUUGGGUCGUCGGCUGGCAGAGUACACUGGGUAUUUGUGUGCUACAAUAUAGCACACAGAGGUCGGCAUUCACAGUCAUGUGGCCAGAGCUGUGUUGGCCUUGUCUUUCUAUAAGAGUUUUGUAUUCUGUGCCCACAUAGAAUAGGAUGAUACCCUUCAACUAAAGGUCCUGAUUAACAUCCCAAUUCUUUGGUGUCCUGCUUGGUGUAUUCCUUCAGGCCACGGAAAUCCCCUGCAGGUUCAAUGGUCGGUUAGAUAUUCCUCCAAAUUUGCUCUUGGUUUGUGAGUUUUAAGUGUUGUAUGUCAUUUAUGCCACAUGGUAACAUUCGUUCCUUCUGCCUCCACCGUGCUGCCUGUUGGGUCAGUGACACCUUCAACCCUGAGUCCUGUUGAGAUUUGUUAUUCCCAUAUAACUUCCUUGUGAUCCUGCCCCGUUGAUGGUUAGGGACUCUGAAAUAGAGGUGUUUUAUAACUUCUACCUUGGUCAGUCUACCUUGGUCUAACAUCUGCCCCAUCUCUUUCUUUCCCUGCUGGCAGGGCUUGCCCUUCUUCUGAUCCUCUACCCUGUUUUGGGACUGGAGGCAUCUGAGGGAUUGCUGGUUGGGAUGGGUUUAUCUUUACGUGUGACUUGGGUAACUCCAGGGGGAUACCCAUUCAGAUUCGGAUCAGAGGUAGUUGAGCCUGCUCAUCCUACUGGGACUUCGAGGCCUUCCUUCCAGCUAGCCGAAGGAAGUAGUUCCCUUGGACUCUGCUUUUCUAUCUCGGAUAGUGGACAUGGAUGCCGCUCUACCCAGAGCCUUUGACUGCCACAUCUGGGGCUUGGUGGUGGUAGGGACCCAGGGGGUUUGGACACCCCCACCCCCACCCCUGGGUCCUUUUCAACUCUACCUUGUUCCAUCUCAAGGUUCCAUCGGAACCUUGUACCGUCUCCUUUGCAGGGGGUGGGUUUUCAUAUCCCCCUCUCUGUGUUCAUAUUAUUUGGGUACAGCUCACCCUUCUUAUCCACCUUCCUCCCUGGGUUUGUUUCCACAUGCCUUGGGGCAUGCCAGGACUCCAAAGAGAUUUCCAGAGAUUCCUGCUUCUCAGGUCCUGCCUAAGGCAACUCGUCCUUUCCAUGUCUCCUGCAUGGCUUGUGCCUUAUUGCUGGACCCUGCCUCUUUUGUAUUUGUGUAUUCUUCUUGGAUGCAUUAUGAGGGGCCCAGAGUCUUUCUGGGAGAUGAUCUCUUAUUCUCGCUUGGGGCAACUUUUGUUGGUCCAGCAUGCCUCGGUGAUGUGGGUGUCAACCAUAUUACUGGGGUUUCUGGGGCUCUUCUUUCAUGCUUCUCCCUGACUACCUGUUCUACCAGAGCUCUGGCAGUCCGGUAUUUUGUUCCCAGACCCUGGCGCCUAUGUGUGGCUAUGGGUCGUGUCACUCGGCCAGGUGUCUCAUUUUUGUUUUCCUGCAGAGCUCCUCCUCCCUGGUUAAUACUGGACCCGUUUUACCUUCUGGGCCUCCUCCCAAACAUUGAAUGCAUUGAAAUGUCAAUUUCUGGGUGAGCCCUGGUAGCUCUUGACAGACGCCCUCGCUCCCUCCAUAUCAUGGGGUUGUUACAUCCAUCACAGAAAAUGAAGAUGCCAGAUGACCUUAAAGCUACCUCCUCCCUUCCAUCCUCCCUAAACAAGGUGGGGAGGGGGGGGCAAAUAAGCUUGCAUUAGUUUCAUAAAUGAUCAUUUAAUGCAGCUGAUGCAACCUACUAGAUGGUACACUAUCAGUGAUAGCUUCAUUGGCACUUCAUUACAUACAGUACUCAUUUGAUCCACUAGGACCCUAUCGACCAAUUUUAUUUUAUUUUUUUUUCAUUAAUUUGCAUUGUGUUGUAAUGUACGAGUAUCAAAAUGAUGCUUGCCUACUUUACUAGUCGGUGCAUAUUUUUUCCAUAACCACCAACAUUAAUUAAGUGAAUAUAAAAUACUUUUCUGACCAAUGGUGUUGCCAUUGGUGCAUAAAUGGAAAUGCAGCUCCAUUUUAAAAAUUUGCUUAAAAUGAAUUUAUUUUACAGUUUUUUUGACAAAAUAGUUUGCCAUUGAUAGUUAUAUUGUAUGUAACAAUACAAUAUAAUUAUUCACAAAGAACAUGUAAUGCAAUGACCAAGUUGUUGUAUGUACACUAAAUGUGCAGCAUGGCAGGUAUGGUAAAAAAAAAAAUGAUAAUUAUGCAAUUUUUUUUAUUUUACCCGAUUCAUACAAGAGUAAUUAUUAGCAAAUUACUGUGUUUGCAUGUGACGAUUUGGUGUGCAUACAUUAUACAAUCAAUAUCUUCACAAGUGCCUCAUGGCAGGUGCAGGUUGUUUGUACUUGUCUUCAUUAAAUUUCCUGCUCCA